CCGCUACGAUUGGUGUGCGUCUCGAGGCGGCCAUUCUCAAGGGUGGCUUAACGGGGUCACCUCGAUCACCACAGUAACAAAGAUAUUGCGGUUUUGAGCAAUAUUUUCUUUCCUGACAGCCCCCAGGAAGAUCUCCAUUUUGUCGUGAGGCCGUAGCCCGUGAGCUAGCCGGAGCUCCAGCAACAUGCUGCGAGUACACAGAGUGGCCUUGAUGGCCGACGUGGGCAGCCAUGUCUGCAAGCUGAGCGCCCGCUGCAGUCGCGGUCUGCGUACCGCCGUAGGUCAGCUGUGUCAGAAAGCCGAGUCGGAGACUAUCGCCGGGAUCCCCUACAAGAACUUGUCCAUCGGUGUGCCCAAGGAACUUUUCACAAACGAGCGGAGAGUGGCCCUUGUGCCGUCGGCGGUGCAGACCCUUGUGAAGAAAGGCUUCACCAUCAAUGUGGAGGAAAAUGCUGGUGUGGAGGCGAAAUUCUUGAACGACGAUUACGCUGCCUCGGGUGCUAAUGUAAAAAGUCUGAAGGAUGUGUAUGGCUCCGACAUCGUCCUCAAGGUUCGAGCUCCCCUCCAAGAAGAGUUGUCCAACCUCCGCGACAAGGGCACUCUCAUCUCCUUCCUGUACCCGGCACAGAACAAGGAGCUGGUCGACUCGCUGGCCAAGAAAGAGAUGACCGUCUUUGCCAUGGACUGCGUGCCCAGAAUUUCUCGAGCCCAGGUGUUUGAUGCCCUUAGUUCCAUGGCAAACAUUGCUGGUUACAAGGCUGUGGUAGAGGCUGCCAACAACUUUGGUCGGUUCUUCACUGGUCAGAUCACAGCUGCUGGCAAGGUGCCUCCUGCCAAAGUGCUGGUCAUCGGAGGUGGAGUGGCCGGCCUGUCGGCCAUCGGCACGGCCAAGAACAUGGGUGCCAUUGUCCGCGGCUUCGACACCAGAGCUGCCGUGAAGGAGCAAGUGGAGUCGUUUGGGGCUGAGUUCUUAGAGGUCAACGUCAAGGAAUCUGGAGAAGGCACUGGGGGCUACGCCAAGGUGAUGUCCAAGGAGUUUAUCGAGGCUGAGAUGGCGCUGUUUGCCAAGCAGUGUAAGGAGAUCGACAUUCUGGUCACCACUGCUCUUAUACCGGGCAAACCGGCGCCCAAGCUCAUUUCUAAGGUGAGCAGGACCACUACAACGUCAACUUGGAGGACGAGGUUGUCAGGGGAUCGAUCAUCCUGCAUGAUGGAAAGCUGUUGUGGCCUCCCCCUCCCCCCGUGGUGGACCCGGCCGCUGCUGCCCCCGCCCCCGCUGCAGCCCCCGCCCCGAAGGAACCGCCCCCUCCCCCCAACUAUUUCGCCCUCACCAUGAAGGACUCCCUCAUGUACACAGCUGGGCUGGGCUCCGUGCUCGGUCUCGGUGUUGUGUCCCCCAACUCGGCCUUCACCUCCAUGGUCAACGUGUUUGGUCUGGCUGGAAUUGUCGGCUACCACACCGUGUGGGGUGUGACCCCCGCCCUCCACUCCCCCCUCAUGUCGGUGACCAACGCCAUCUCCGGGAUCACCGCUGUGGGAGGUCUGCUCCUCAUGGGAGGAGGAUACUAUCCGUCUAACACCUUACAGACAUUGGCUGCUCUGGCCGCCUUCAUCUCUUCCAUCAACAUCGGCGGAGGGUUUGUGGUCACCAAGAGAAUGUUGGACAUGUUCAAACGUCCCACCGACCCCCCAGAGUACUCAUACCUGUACGGCAUUCCCGCGGCGGGCUUCCUGGCCGGCUACGGCUACUGCGCUGCGGCCGGCACCUACCCAGACAUCCACCAGAUGGCCUACCUGGCAGCCUCGCUGUGCUGCGUUGGCGCCCUCACCGGCCUCUCCUCCCAGACCACCAGCCGGCUAGGUAAUUCUCUGGGCAUGAUCGGUGUGACCAGCGGUGUUGCUGCCACCCUGGGUCUCCUGAAGCCCACGCCAGAGACCUUCACACAGAUGGCUGCCUGCAUGGGCAUGGGUGGCCUGAUCGGCUCAGUGAUGGCCAAGCGCAUAGAGGUGACAGACCUGCCCCAGAUGGUGGCUCUGUUCCACAGCCUGGUGGGCGCGGCGGCCGUGCUGACCUGCUUCUCCAACUACCUGCUGGAGCAGCCGCACUUCGCCACCGACCCGGCCGCCAACGUCAUCAAGACCUUCCUCUUCCUGGGCACGUUCAUCGGGGGCGUCACCUUCACGGGGUCCCUCGUUGCUUUCGGCAAGCUGCAGGGACUGCUCAAGUCGGACCCCCUUCUCCUCCCCGGCCGCAACCUGCUGAACGGUGGCAUGAUGGCGUCCAACGUGGCGGCCAUGGGCUACUACAUGAUGGACAGCAGCCCCAGCGUGGGCCUCAGCAUGCUGGGAACCACCACCGCCCUGUCUAGUAUCAUGGGAGUGACCCUCACCGCUGCUAUUGGAGGCGCUGACAUGCCGGUUGUGAUCACCGUGCUCAACUCGUACUCUGGCUGGGCUCUGUGUGCCGAGGGCUUCAUGUUGGACAACAACCUGAUGACCAUCGUGGGCUCUCUGAUUGGCUCGUCCGGAGCCAUCCUCUCCUACAUCAUGUGCAAGGCCAUGAACCGAUCCCUGCCCAACGUGAUCCUGGGCGGCUACGGCACCAGUUCCACCGGCACAGGCAAGCCCAUGGAGAUCACCGGCACCCACACGGAGAUCAACGUGGAGGGAACCAUUGACCUCAUCGAGGAUGCCAAGAACAUCAUCAUUGUACCCGGCUACGGUCUGUGCGUUGCCAAGGCCCAGUACCCCAUCGCUGAAAUGGUGGACAUCCUGACCAAGCAAGGAAAGAACGUUCGCUUCGGCAUCCACCCCGUGGCAGGACGUAUGCCCGGCCAGUUGAACGUGCUCCUGGCCGAGGCCGGCGUGCCGUACGACAUCGUGCUGGAGAUGGACGAGCUCAACGACGACUUCCCCGACACGGACCUGGCCCUCAUCAUCGGCGCCAACGACACGGUCAACUCGGCCGCUGAGGAGGACCCCAACUCCAUCAUCGCUGGCAUGCCCGUGCUGCGAGUGUGGCUGGCCAAACAG